GAUCCCAUAGUGAGUGCAUGAAGAAUCAAGAAUGUGUAAUGUACUAAUCAACAUCAAAAGAAAGGGAAUCAAGUUUUGCGUCUAAAAAGCAAAAAAAAUUAAAUAAAAAAAUAAAUAAUGGUAGGUUAGCAAUAAAUAAAGAAAACAUACUCCUUCCAUCAAAGAAAGACACAAAUUAAGCGGAAACCAGCCACGUGUCGAAUGUGAAAUUGUAAAAGCAGUGAAUGGGUGGGGCUUCCCAGAAUUGAAACUGAGAGAACUGAGAUCGGCAAUCAUGUCGCGGCCAAUGAGGCUGAGAUCCCUGUCUGACGGAGAUGGAUCAUCCCUGUUAUUGAGCGGAGAGUUGAAGAAGAAGAGACCUAAGUUCCAGUAUUCUGGUUGGGUAUUUCAUCUUGGUACUAAUAAGAUUGGCCAUGAAUAUUGUCAUCCUCGCUUCUUGUUUGUUCGUGGCAAGUAUGUCGAGAUGUACAAGCGUGAUCCUCAUGAUCAUCCUGCCAUUAAACCUAUACGGAGAGGUGUUGUGGGACAAACUCUUAUGGUAGAAGAGUUGGGAUGCCGAAAGGUUAAUAGUAGUGAUCUGCAUGUUCUUCGAUUCUACAAUCGAUUGGAUGAAUCAAAGAAGGGAGAAAUUGCUUGUGCUACAGCUGGAGACGCUCAAAAAUGGUUGGAAGCUUUUGAGCAAGCAAAGCAACAGGCAGAAUAUGAGCUUUCAAGAGGUGGAAGAGCCAGAGACAAGCUGAAUUUGGAAGCCGAGAUUGAUCUUGACGCACAUCGCCACAGGGUGAGGAAAUAUGCUCAUGGCUUCAUAAAACUUAUAAAAAUCGGACAAGAGCCACUUUUGCGACAAUCAUCAUCCUUGGCAGAGAAUGCCCGGACAGAUGGCUAUAUGGGAGUUGAUGGAGAUGCUGAUGCAAUUGAAGCACAUACAUGGAAAUGCGUAUGCACCAUGAAUGGAAUUAGAAUCUUUGAGGAUGUUGUAGAGUCCAAGGCUGGUAGAGGCAUUCUUGUGAAGUCUGUGGGAAUAAUUGAUGCCAAAUCGGAUACUGUCUUUGAGGUUCUUAUGAGCCUUGAACCCUCUAGGAGAUAUGAGUGGGAUAUGUUGACUAGUGACUUGGAGCUUGUUGAAAGCAUAGAUGGGAAUUAUGAUGUUGUAUAUGGAACAUAUGAUCCGAAAUAUUUCACUUGGUGGAGUUCCAGAAGGGACUUUGUGUUCUCAAGGCAAUGGUUUCACGGACAAGAUGGAACAUAUACAAUUUUACAAUUCCCAGCAGUACAUAAAAAGUGUCCUGCUAGACCUGGCUAUCAACGAACAAAAAUAAAUCCUUCUACUUGGGAGAUAAAAGGUUUGGACACAUCUGAUGCCACAGCCGAAUCUCCAAGAUGUCUAGUGACACAUAUGUUGGAGAUACAAUCUGAUAGCUGGGGUUCUUGGAAGAAAAGUCGCUCUUCAAAGUUUGAGAAAUCUAUCCCUUAUGCAUUGUUGUGCCAAGUUGCUGGUCUGAAGGAAUAUAUUGGAGCAAAUCCAAUUCUUAAAAAUAAUUCAGUUACAGCAGAUUUUUAUUCAAAUUCCUCCAGUGAUAGUGUUUCCAGCAGUGAAUGUGACGACGUUGCAGAAGAGUUUUAUGAUGCGAUUGCUACAGAAACAUCUGACGGUGAAGAUAGUGAUGAUGAUAUUGAAGUUGACAAGAAGGACUUUGUGACGCUGGAAAAUGUAUCAUCAGACAUAGCAAGCUUGUCUUUGAAGAAGUCUCCAGCUAAUGAUGCAAGCAAAGUACUAGAUUCAGCUAUACCCCCAGUGUCAAUCGAUUCAAGCAAGUUUAAUGGUUCACUGCGUAAAGGAAAAGAUGAUGAUGACACAAAUUGCUGGACAAAUCCAGGUGGCGCGGGAUUCAUGAUUAGAGGAGAUACAUACUUGAAAGACUAUGUCAAAGUAAAAGGUGGAGAUCCUCUUUUAAAGCUCAUAGCUGUGGAUUGGCUCAAGGCUGACCAGAGCAUUGACAAGGUUGCAUUGCGUCCAUCCUGUGUUGUUCAGUCAGAAGCUGGAAGAAAACUUCCAUUCAUUCUCGUUUUAAAUCUCCAGAUUCCAGCCAAACCAAACUACAAUCUGGUUUUUUAUUAUGCCUCUGACAGGCCUGUAAAUAAAGAUUCAUUAUUGAGCAAAUUUAUUGAUGGGACUGACGCAUUCCGUGAUUCAAGGUUCAAGCUCAUACCAAGCAUUGUGAAGGGCUAUUGGAUGGUUAAACGUGCGGUAGGAACAAAAUCCUGUCUGUUGGGUAAAGCUGUGACCUGCAGAUACCUGAGACAAGACAACUUUUUGGAGAUUGAUGUGGAUAUUGGCUCCUCGUCAGUUGCUAGAAGUGUUAUUGGUCUUGUCCUUGGAUAUGUCACAAGCUUAGUGGUUGAUCUUGCAAUUCUGAUAGAGGCAAAUGAGGAGACUGAACUUCCUGAGCAUCUUCUUGGGACGGUACGGUUAAGUUGUCUCGAACUUGACUCAGCUGUAGAAGCUUGAGGCGGUAUCAAAAGAAUUUUUGAUUCAGACAUUAUUGAUCUCCAUUCAAAGCAUAGUAAUACAUUCUUUACUCAUUUGCGUCCCCAUUCUCUCGCGCAACUGAGUUGGCUUAAAAUCAUUAUUGUACUGCUUAAUAGCUUUAUAUUGCUCUCAAUUGAAACUGUAAUGUAUUCUUCCAUGCUCAUUGGUUCAGCUUUUAUCAUAGAAAGUGCGGCAAAUCCUAGCUGUUGUUGAGAAUGA